UGGCUCCCGCACUUUUACUUCUCCGCGGGAGUAAGAACGUUCGCGGCUUUUCGCCACAUCUUAGCCGCGGGCGUCUGGUAGGAAGUCGCGCUACUGGCGAUGGCGCAGACCCGUCUCGAGAUCCAGACCUGAAGCCCCCGUCGCGCAGAGGGAUGGGGACUCUUGUGGGUCGGGGCUGGUGGCACGGCCGGGCGCUGACAGUGUGGGCCACCGAGGCCGCACAGCGGGGGCGCCUGGAGUCUCGCCCCGUGCCGGCCCGCGGGACUCCCGCCGAAUUCAGGGCUCGGGACAGGCUCUGCAGCUCUGCCGAGUUGAAGGAAAAAAUUGACAUGUCUAGAUUUUCUGUUGAAAACAUUAGAAAUUUCAGUAUCAUUGCACAUGUGGAUCAUGGCAAAAGUACUUUAGCUGACAGGCUCCUGGAACUAACAGGCACAAUUGAUAAAACAAAAAAUAAUAAGCAGGUCCUUGAUAAAUUGCAAGUGGAACGAGAAAGAGGAAUCACUGUUAAAGCACAGACAGCAUCUCUUUUCUAUAAUUGUGAAGGAAAGCAGUACCUUUUAAAUCUCAUUGAUACACCGGGCCAUGUGGAUUUUAGUUAUGAAGUAUCCAGGUCCCUCUCUGCAUGCCAGGGUGUUUUACUUGUGGUUGAUGCAAAUGAGGGUAUUCAAGCCCAAACCGUAGCAAACUUCUUUCUUGCCUUUGAAGCACAGCUAUCGGUAAUUCCAGUUAUAAACAAGAUCGAUCUGAAGAAUGCUGAUCCUGAAAGGGUUGAAAAACAAAUUGAAAAAGUGUUUGAUAUCCCAAGUGAUGAAUGUAUUAAGAUUUCUGCUAAACUUGGAACCAAUGUUGAAAGAGUUCUCCAGGCAGUCAUUGAAAGAAUACCCCCUCCCAAAGUGGAUCGCAAAAAUCCCCUGAGAGCUUUGGUAUUUGACUCCACCUUUGACCAGUAUAGGGGUGUGAUAGCCAAUGUAGCCUUAUUUGAUGGAGUGGUUGCCAAAGGAGAUAAAAUUGUAUCUGCACAUACUAAAAAAAUAUAUGAAGUUAAUGAAGUAGGAGUUCUGAAUCCUAAUGAGCAGCCAACACGUAAACUAUAUGCAGGACAGGUGGGCUAUCUGAUUGCUGGGAUGAAAGAUGUCACUGAAGCACAAAUAGGAGAUACACUGUAUUUACAUAAACAGCCAGUGGAGCCCUUGCCUGGGUUUAAGUCAGCGAAACCAAUGGUAUUUGCAGGAAUGUACCCUGUAGACCAAUCUGAGUAUAAUAACCUGAAAAGUGCCGUAGAAAAACUGACUGUAAAUGAUUCCAGUGUGACAGUUCAUCGGGAUAGUAGCCUUGCCUUAGGUGCUGGCUGGAGGUUGGGAUUUCUUGGACUUUUGCACAUGGAAGUUUUCAACCAGCGACUAGAGCAAGAAUAUAAUGCUUCUGUAAUUUUGACAACCCCUACUGUUCCAUAUAAAGCUGUUCUUUCGUCGGCAAAAUUGAUAAAGGAAUACAGAGAAAAGGAAAUUACAAUCAUCAAUCCUGCACAAUUCCCUGAUAAGUCAAAAGUAACAGAAUAUUUGGAGCCAGUUGUUUUGGGUACCAUUAUCACACCAGAUGAAUAUACUGGGAAAGUAAUGAUGCUUUGCCAGGCUCGAAGAGCAGUUCAGAAGAAUAUGAUAUUUAUUGAUCAAAAUAGAGUUAUGCUUAAAUAUCUCUUCCCUUUGAAUGAAAUUGUGGUGGAUUUUUAUGACUCUUUGAAAUCCCUGUCUUCUGGAUAUGCUAGUUUUGAUUAUGAAGAUGCAGGCUACCAGACUGCAGAACUUGUAAAAAUGGAUAUUCUGCUGAACGGAAAUAUUGUAGAGGAGCUAGUAACUAUUGUUCACAAAGACAAAGCACACUCUGUUGGCAAAGCAAUAUGUGAACGUCUGAAGGAUUCUCUUCCUAGGCAACUGUUUGAGAUAGCAAUUCAAGCUGCUAUUGGAAGUAAAAUCAUUGCAAGAGAGACUGUGAAAGCCUAUAGGAAAAAUGUUUUGGCAAAAUGUUAUGGUGGUGAUAUUACCCGAAAAAUGAAACUUUUGAAGAGACAAGCAGAAGGAAAGAAAAAACUGAGGAAAGUUGGCAAUAUUGAAGUUCCAAAAGAUGCUUUUAUAAAAGUUCUGAAAACACAAUCUGAUAAGUAAUUGGUGGGGAAAAUAUAAUGAAUUUUCAUAAAUUAAAAUUUGUAUCUUUUUUUCUUAGUAAAUGUGUAUGUUGACAACAGAAAGAAAAUUAUAAAAUUUACUAGUUGCUUUCAGGGAUUUUGGGUUUAAAUAAACUAUUAGCAGAGGUGCCUGAGUGGCACAGUCAGUUAAGGGCCUGACUCUUGAUUUCGGCUCAGGUCAGGACUCCGUGG